AGCUCAAAUUCAGUAGCGUCUGAAAAACGUAAGAGUCAAAUUCAGUGUUUUGGUAUUUCUAUCUCUAGUCCCUAAUUGAGGUGUACUCCUGUCAAAUGAAAUAGAGUUAGAUGUGUACUUCUUCAUUGCAAAUAAGAAAUGCAUCUUUGUGUAAGCCUGAAGAAUGAAGAGAUUAAUAACUUCAUGAUGCCCAGGCAUAUGGCAUGGGUGCCCAUUCGAUUUCAGUUUUCACAAUUCCUCCAUUUAGGAAUAUCCUAGAUUGUAGAGCUUGUGUAUUUGAUUAUAAUACACUAGAUAUACAGAAAUUUAAUUUAAAUGUAUUACUAUCGAUAGAUUGGUAGCAACUAGGCAGAUAGAAAAUGAAUAGUAGGUGAACUGAACAAUUCUGACACUGUCAUAUGCAUGGACAAGGAAGGCCAAUUCAAAAUUUAAUUUGUAUCAUCUGGUGACCAACGCUUAGUUUUAUUGGUCAUGGUAUGGGUGAAUUUUAGAUGCCUGAACUAACACCUGCUGCAAUUCAUGGUAAAGAUGCACAAUAUAGGCCAGAACCUCCAAACAUGCCUCAGCUGCAGCCACCAGCACACAUGCUUCCUCGUCAACAAGGACAUCGACCAUCACUUUCUCAGCUUCCAUCGAUGCCAGGGCCAUCGCCAGUGAACCCAGCACUACCGUCCAUGGCACACCCGAUGAAGCUUAUGACCCUCUUGAUCCAAAUGGGAACAUCACUAUCAAAUGGGAUAUCAUGGAGUGGACCUCAGAUGGCUAUACACUGCUAUAUUGAAACUUUGUCAUCACUUAUGAUCACAAUCCACGAGCGCUGCGAGCGAUGCCGAUUGAGUCCCUGAUGGAUGAGUUACACGAGAACCACCCCUACGAAUCAAACAAGGAGCUUUUCUCCAUAUUCAUUCUAUGUUUUUGUCCUGUGUGUGUAAGAUCACUGCUGAGUGGGAUCACAUCAGUGAUCUCCUUUGUAUGUUUUAUCUUAUCUUCUGUUUGUUUGUAUAAACUUCUACCACUCGUUUGUGACAGUGCAAAUUGGAGGCCUCUUUCUGUAUUA